AUGGGAGUGCUCAUCAGCAAGGCUUUCGAGAAGAUGUUCGGGGGGUCUGCCCCCCACCGCCUGAUAAUCAUCGGCCUUGAUGGGGCUGGCAAGACCACCAUCCUGUACAACCUGCGCCUAGGUGAGGUAGUCAACACAGUCCCCACCAUCGGCUUCAAUGUCGAGUCUCUGACCUACAAGAACCUCAAAUUCGUGGCGUGGGACAUCGGCGGCCAGACAAGCAUCCGUGCGCUCUGGCACCACUACUACGACAACACCAGUGCGAUCAUCUACGUGCUCGACUCCAGCGACGAGGAGAGGUUCGACCUGGCCAGAGACACCCUCUCGCAAGCCAUCAACCAUUAGGCUCUCCGAGGUGUGCCUCUCUUGGUGCUGGCCAACAAGUGCGACAUCGCGGCAGCUACCCUGCCGACCCUGACCGAGAAGCUGGGCCUGCACACGCUGCGAGAUCGGGCGUGGCACAUCCAGAGCUGCUGCGGGCUGGACGGAAGGGGGGUGGUGGAUGGCUUCGACUGGCUUUCGAAGGCAGUCAAGAAUAAAAAGUGA